AUGUUCACACGACACAAGAACCCUAUACACAACCCUUUGCGUUAUGCCGCAGCAGAACGGCAUUCUGGUCCUCCUGUUACGGUGGCGGCGGCGAGACGAACUUUGCCAACUUAUGAUUACGUCAUCGUUGGCGCUGGUACAGCUGGAUGUGUGCUCGCUAGCAAGCUGUCCGAAGAUCCUAAUAUAACUGUGCUUCUCCUCGAGGCUGGCGGAGACAAUAACAAAGUUUUGGAGACAAAAGUACCUCUCAUGUUUGCGAAACUUUUCCACACUAGCCACGACUGGAACUACUAUACCGCGGAACAGCAGUCUAUUGCCGGACGCCGAUUGUAUUGGCCGCGAGGUCGAAUUCUCGGUGGUUCAUCAUCAUUAAAUGCCAUGAUGUACCAUCAUGCCUCGGCUUCGGAUUUCGAGGAGUGGGUCACUGUGCAUGGUUGCGAGGGCUGGGGAUACAGCGAUCUUGUUCCACACUUCCGAGCGGUUGAAAGAUUUACACCAAACCCGGCUCGGCCGGAGAUUAAUACAGAUCACCACGGAGAUGCCGGUCAAUGGCACGUUGGCUACUCUUGGCUGUCCCCGAUCGUUGAGGACGGAUUUCUCCCGGCUUGUCAUGAUGCUGGCAUCAGUCCAAAUAGUGACUUCAACUCGUCUGGUGUCAGUCUUGGUGUUUCUCGAUUCCAAACUUUUAUAGACACCAAAGGCCAACGAUCCUCACUUGCCACUGCGUUCCUCGACCCCGAAGUUAUGAAACGACCGAACUUAUAUGUGGGCUGUGGGGCUUAUGUCACGAAAGUAUUGUUUGAUCGAAUCAACAACGAGAAGCCUACCGCGAUUGGUAUUGAGUUCCAAACUAGCCGAGACAGCGUACGCUAUCACGUACAUGCCAAGCGAGAGGUGAUUCUUUCGGGAGGAUCCAUCAAUACUCCUCAGAUUCUUACAUUAAGUGGCAUCGGAUCGAGAGAGGAACUACGAAAGCAUGCAAUUGGUUUUGUGCUUGCAAACGACCACGUGGGAAAGAAUGCACCGGACUUGGAAAUCAUCGCAGCUCCAUUCAGUUUCAGCCACCACGGGGAAGAGCGACCUGUAGACCAGGCGGGCGUCUUCAGUUUCGUCCCGAUUUGCCUUCGGCCACAGAGCAAAGGCACCGUCAGCCUCAAGAGCACAGACAUUUUUGACCACCCAAUUAUUGACCCCGAGUACCUCACUGAUGAGGAGGACAAUGACAAACGUGUCUUGAUAGCGGGCCUCCGUCUUUGUCUCAAGAUCAUGCGCAGCCCAUCAUUCGAGCGCUAUUUCGAGCCGGUCCCGACUGAUGAUGAUACUUCUUCAUAUUGGUGGCCGUAUUCUUGCAGCGACCCCAAUAGUAUCACUGAUGAGCAACUUGGUCGUUUUUUGGUCGAGCGGGCCUUUACGCUUUAUCACCCUGUCGGCUCAGCACGUAUGGGCCGUUCACCGUCUGACAGCGUUGUUGACUUGCAGUGUCGCGUGCACGGCACAAACGGUCUGCGCAUUGUCGAUGCGAGCAUAUUCCCGGAACAAAUAAGUGGCCAUCCGACUGCACCAAUUGCUGCCAUUGCCCACAAAGUUAGUGAGAUGAUUGCAAAGGCUAGAUAA